AUGACAGUUCAAAAGUCCUCUCCAAAUUGCGUCGCAGAACCAGAGUCCUCGGGCAAACCCAAUCCUUCCGCGCCAGCAGGCCAGUCACAGCCGAAUCCCCCGCCGAAGAAAGGAAAAGACAAGAAGAUCUUCAGCUGCCACUCGUGCCGACGGCGCAAGCUCAAAUGCGAUCGUUUUGACCCGUGUGGUGCCUGUCAGGCGAGAGGAGAGGGGCAUUUGUGUACUUGGGAGGAGGGACAGAGACCAGAACGAAACCACAGAGAAAGCCUCGAGCAACUACCAAAGCUGAUUCUCAAGUUAACCGAGGAAGUCCAGGAGCUCAAAACGUCGAAUUCGGCCUUGAUCCAGAAUAUCAGGAGUAAAGAGAAGGAGUUUGCGGAGAGUCGGGACUUGACCACGCUGGACUACAGACCUCCGUCCCAUGGAGGAUCGGGAAGCAGUUCUGUAGGCGGCAUUGGCUGGGACUCGCCAGCUCGAGCCUCGGAUCGCAGACCGUGGACACCGUCACGACUGAUUGCAUUGCUGCCGGAAAGCCGAUUGCUUUGGGGCUUGAUUUCGCAUUAC